AUGACGCGGAAUAACAAACGCAUAUAUGAGGCCGUGAUUGCUAUUGACAUGGUGCAAUCGUGGCUAACUUUUUCUAGACUUAGACAGCGUCCGACUAAGUCCAGGCGGGAGGCAGUUGAGGCCUUCAAAAACAACAUCUCUUUCAGAGAUUGCACCUAUGCUCGAGCGAGGGUCCCACCGGUCUCGAACAAUAAAAUCAGGGUGAAGUUUGACACCCAGGCGCAUGACGACGCCCUUAUCAAACUUCGCAGUAAACCAGACGCGCCAGUGACAGCCGAACUAGCAAGGAAGCUCAAACCUAUGAUCUUGCUGAAGGGAAUCAGCUCCGACAUGGCACCGGAAGAUCUGGUGAGUACCCUCCUAUGCCUAAACCCGCAACUUCACACAUACAGUGACACUGACAUCACCUUCCGCUUCAAAAGAGGCAACAAUAGAAGCACCCACCUCUACAAAGCCGUCCUUGUGGCUAAUCCAGCCACCUGGAAAACAAUAGUCGACAUGGGGAGAGUCUGCCUGGACUUCCAGAAGGUACACGCAGAGGACUUCUCCCCAUUCUUACAGUACCAGUAG